ACAACACUGACAGCACAUUCAGCUGUACAUCUUGACCGAGCAGAUCAGAAAAUAGACGACGAGCUGCUGGAACACAGAUGAGCAGCAGGAUGGCUCCUAAUGAUAAAGACGCGAUGCCUGUGGUGGGGACCCUCUCCCCGGGCCAACUGCAGUCCCACCUGAAGAUGGAGCCCAAGACUCUGGGGGCAAUCCAGAUCGUUAUUGGUGCUUUGAUUCUUUGUCUGAGUGCCUCUGUCCUCCAGAUCCAUGAGGUCCACUUUACGGGGGAUGUGGCUCUUUUCCUGAUCGUUGUCAUACAGGUGACCUUGUCUGGUUCAGUGUUGGUCCACAGUGGUAGGAGACCUACUCUGUUCUGGGUGAAAUGCGUCCUAGAGCUGCAUCUCAUCAGUGCUGCGUUUUCCACUGCUGCCCUGGGUCUGAUGUCCAAACACCUCCCCUACCGCCAGGACUCUUACCACUGUGAACACUGCCGCAGACUGGAGCUACAUGCCGUGCAACAUUGUUUCAGGAAAUGCACCGGGCUGAUCGAGCAAAAGUGUAAACUGUUGAUUGAUGGGAUCCUGGGGACGCUGGUGAUCUUCCUGGUACUGGAGCUGUUGAUCUGUAUCACUGUCAUGCUGUUUGGACUCAGUGUCCUCGCUGCUGGUGGAACCCAGGUGAGUUCUGAUACAUGCAAGCUUCAUCAAGUGAUAUUUGACCUCUAG